AUGGAGCUUUCUGACACAUUGAGUCGAGCGUAUCUUCAUGAAGGUGGAAUCCCGGUCGAAAUUGAAGUAGAGUCGAUCAAUGUGAUGCACAGUUUACUCGUUGACUCAGCAAGAUUGGAUGUUAUCAGAGCGAGUAUGGAAACUGAUGAACGAAUGCAAGAGCUGAAGAAAGUCAUUUUGAAGGGUUGGCCAGAUAAGAGAAGUGACGUUCCAGGGCAAGCGAGACAAUAUUUUGGUGUACGUGACGAAUUGACAGUUCAAGAGGGUUUGAUUUUUCGAGGUGAAAGAAUGUUAGUUCCAAAUGAUCUGAGAAAGCAGAUGAUUCAACGUAUUCAUUCGACUCAUAUAGGGGCGGACGGAUGUCUAGGUCGUGCAAGAGAAUCUAUCUAUUGGCCAGGAUUGACCAGAGAUAUUAAAGAUCACACUGCACAGUGCGAUGUAUGUAGAUCGUUUGACAAUAAGCAAUCCAAAGAAACACUGAGAUCUCACAAAGUGCCCAAUAGACCAUGGGCAAAAGUAGGAGUUAAUAUUUUUUACGUUUAAUGAACGAAAUUAUCUGAUAACUGUUAACAAUUUUUCAGGUUUUUGGGAAAUAGAUCUUCUAGAGAAUGUCAAGGCGAAAACGGUGAUUCGGAAGAUGAAAUCUAAAUUCGCGAGGUACGGAGUUCCAGAUUUGUGUGUGUCCGACAAUGGUCCGCAGUUCGUGUCCGAGGAGUAUCAUAAGAUCAGCGAGAGUUGGAAGUUUCAGAGAGUUACAUCUUCUCCCAGACAUCCUCAGAGCAAUGGUCGUGUAGAAAACGCAGUCCAAGCAGUGAAACGUGGAUAA